CCCUUCAGGACGAAUGAAAUAGACGUGUUGACGACACGCUGAAUUCAGUGCAUUUGCUGCAAAUAAUAGGAAAAUAGUGUUGUCAGAUUCGACUUAAAAAUCAUACCGGCAAAGCCAAACUAGAAGUUCGAAACGUUCUAGUUUUAAAAAUCUCUCUGCUUACUGAUCUCUAACCUAGUUAAAUUCAUCAAAAUGUUCAAAAGAAAGUUGAAGGCUCUGGAAUUCCAAUCGGAAUCUCCAUUUGAUUGUGAAGAUGACAAUCAAUUCAGAAAUCUGGUCCUCUGGCUGGAGGAGCAAAAAAUCAGGCACUACAAAAUUGAAGAUCGAGACCUCUUGAGGAAAACGGAGUCUCCAGAUUGGAACAAAGGCUUUGAGAAGUACAGGAACGACUUAGGAUGUCCCAUAAGCUCAAACAAAAGGAAAGAAGAAGUCGACUGGCUUCUCUCUUAUGCCGUUCGUCUUGAGUAUACUGAUGAAGUUGGAAGAUACAAGGACGUGAAGAAAGAAGCUGCAUCCACACCACCCUCAACACCUCUUGAAUGGAUAGAUGUCCAAAGUGAUGAUUUUAAAGCAGGUGUGUUUCGGCUGGCAAAAAUGCUAAACGUGACACCACACCCCGACCAUCUGGUUACCCUCAAAGCAAUUAGCAAGUUGGUUGUCACUAGAUUGAAUCCCGAAGCCAUUGCCAAACCAGAAACAGUUGUCAUUACAGGUGUGGAGUUUCCUCUUGAGGAAGCUGACAGUGGGCUGGAGGAAUCGGGCGAUCCCUCGGUCAGACACGCAAUUCGUGUUUUGAGGUUGCUUUACCUCCAGGAUCUUCGUCAGCUACAAACCAACGUUAAUGAGACUAUUGUAGCUUUGCAAGGAAUUACUGCUGAUCCGAGGACUGAUACUGCCAUUGGACGUGUUGGCAUCUAAGAUUUACAUGAAUUCUCAAGCUUGCUAUAAGACAAAAUUCUUCUAAAGAAAAGUCAUUUAAUGCUUAAAUUUUAGUUUGUUAAUAAAGAAUAUAUUAUGCUCCAAUUUUGUACAAGUGUAAAAACACUGUAAAAUCUAUUUUGUAAACAGAAGUAAAUGCGCCCGAAACAUUUCAAUAAAAUUUGUAUUUUAAUUCUUUGUAAGCUUAUUACAGUUUUAUAUAGCAGAUGCACUAUUUGCACAAAUUUAUUUUAUAUUAGGUACAA